AUGGAGAACCAGGACCUUUCCUCUGUUUUGCCUACUCAAGAUCCCCAACUCGAUCCCCUGCCUCAGGCUCUGCCUCCGAGUUACCUCCCACCACCUGAUGACUCAGUGAGCCAAUUUUACUGGUCACAGAAGCAAGAGACAAGGGUUCUUGAAUAUGCAUUCAGGACCAGGCUUGCGAGGAGCAAGAGGAAGCUAGCUCGCCAGAGAACCAUUUUGGCUAAGCUUUCUUCUUCCUCCUCUUCCUCUUCUUCCUCUGGUGGAGGUGUGACUGUGGAGAUCAAAAACAAGCCCGAUGAUGGCAGCAAGUGUUGGUUUGAUUUCUACACCCCAAACAGUAAAAGGCUGAGGGUGCUGUUGAAGAAGGAUCUGAAGAACAGUGAUGUGGGUUCUCUUGGGAGGAUUGUUCUCCCAAAGAAGGAGACCGAAGAAAACCUACCUUUCCUCAUAGACAAAGAAGGGAUUCAACUUGUGAUUAGACACCUCUACACACAACAAGAAUGGGUUCUGAAAUUCAAGUUUUGGAUUAAUAACAAAAGCAGAAUGUACGUCCUUGAGCACACGGGAGAAUUUGUGAAGCAAAAUGGGAUGGAGAGUGGAGAUUCUCUCUUCUUGUAUGAAGAUGAAAACAACAACCUGUAUUACACAAUUCAGAAGGCAUCAAAAUCAGGAGAAGCCGAGCCAUUAGAAAUUGCAACAGACAACAGUUACGAGAACUAUUUCGACUCCUAUUCGGCUAGAGAUGAUGAUGAUGAUGUAUCAUUAGCGGUACUUAUCGAAGACCUCAAUCACAAAGAACAAAAGGAAGAAGAAGAAGUACGCAGCCUUAUGGAAGUAGUUUAUGCUUCAAAUGCUCAGGAAUCUGAAUUCAACUACAACAACUACACACCGCAAAAUGCAUACCAAAGGCAAAUAUAGUGAAGUUUUAUAAAACAACAACAACAAAAUAGAAAGAAAAAAAAUGUAAUUGUAUCUAUGGUGUGUUAAUUUCUUCAAAG